AUGCAUUCCGCCAUGAUACUCAGGGUGCGGUCAUUGCCCGUGGCGCAUAAGCGCAUUGGGUUACCUCGCCUGGUUGGCAGGUUCCGCGGCCUCGCAACGGUUUCAAAUGGCGCACAGGCCUAUGAUGUCGUCGUAAUCGGAGGUGGUCAUGCUGGAGCAGAGGCAUGCGCUGCUGCUGCACGAUCCGGAGCUCGCACUGCGUUGGUGACGCCCUCGUUAUCGAAUAUCGGCGUUUGUUCGUGCAAUCCCAGCUUUGGUGGAAUCGGCAAGGGUACAAUGAUCCGCGAGAUUGAUGCGAUGGAUGGUGUCGCUGGACGCAUUAUCGACAAGGCGGGUAUCAUGUUCCGUGUCUUGAAUCGCUCCAAGGGCCCGGCUGUGUGGGGACCGCGCGCGCAAAUCGAUCGCGACCUUUACCGGAAGCAUAUGACGGACGAGUUGGUCAAUACUGAAGGUCUCAAUAUAGUGGAGGGCAAGGUUGCCGACAUUGUUGUCUCCAAGGAAGGCGUGGAGAACACUGCUGGUGCCCAGGGCAAGAUUGUUGGCGUGCGCUUGGAGUCGGGAGAGGUUAUUCCUACCGGCCGUGUGGUUAUUACGACAGGCACCUUCCUGGGAGGCGAGAUUCACAUCGGAAUGGAAAGCUAUCCUUCAGGACGGAUGGGCGAGGCGCCGACUUACGACCGGAACCCCCCGCGGUUGGAUAUGAAGUCGAUUGACUUCUCUGGUUUGGAGAUUCAGCGCGGUGACUCGCCACCCAUGCCCUUCUCAUAUCUCAAUUCUACCGUCGAGGUUGGCGAUGAGGGUCAGCUCACAUGCUGGUUGACCCACACCAAUGAGGCAUCCCACGAGAUCAUCAGGGCCAACCUUGAGAACUCUAUCCACAUUCGAGAGACCGUUCGAGGACCACGAUAUUGCCCAUCGUUGGAGUCCAAGAUCAUUCGUUUCACGGACAAGAAACAACAUCAGAUUUGGCUCGAGCCGGAGGGCUUCGCACCUAACGACGUUGUCUAUCCCAACGGCAUCUCUAUGACCGUUCCCGCGGAUGCACAGUACGCUAUGUUGCGGACUGUCCGCGGUCUGGAGAAUGUCAAGAUGCUCCAGCCAGGCUACGGAGUAGAGUACGACUAUAUUGACCCACGCAAUCUGCGGCCAACCCUAGAGACCAAGUUGAUCAGCGGUCUCUACUUGGCUGGCCAGAUCAAUGGCACCACUGGCUACGAAGAGGCGGCCGGCCAGGGUAUCAUCGCCGGUAUGAAUGCCGGUCUGGCUUCUCAGAACCGAGUACCAAUGACGCUCACGCGUUCGGACGGUUUCAUCGGUAUCAUGAUUGACGACCUCAUCACCAAGGGAGUGUCUGAGCCGUACCGGAUGUUCACGACUCGAAGUGAAUACCGCAUUUCCACCCGCUCUGAUAAUGCCGACCUACGACUCACUCGUAUGGCUCGUGAAGCCGGUGUCGUUGGCGAAAAGCGCUGGCAGCAGUUCCGGGACACCGAGGGCCAGAUUCAAGAACUUCAGGCCCUUUUGGAGAACACGAGACUCUCUUCAACCGCCUGGUCUCGCAAGGGCUUCAAGGUUCGUGCCGACACAUCGGUUCGCUCAGCACUUGAAAUCCUCUGCCUCGACGGAACCGACAUUGACACACUCAUUCCACACAUUGAUACUGCGAAUGGCACGGCAUAUAACGCGGCAUCGUUCGCGCCCGAGAUCCGCACCCGCGUUGCUAUCGAGGGCCGCUACGCCCCAUACCUCAAGCGACAGGAGAAGAUGGCGCAGCGUUUCCAGCAGGAUGAGAACCUGCUCCUCCCUGCCGACCUGGACUACAGCAAGAUCUUCGGCAUCAGCAAUGAGGAAAAGCAAGCACUUGAGCGGGUGCGUCCUUCCAGUGUUGGCAUGGCCAGACGUAUCGAAGGUGUCACGCCUGCCGGUGCCCUUCGCCUGCUGAUGCAUGUGCGGAGAGGUACUGGGUUCACCAAAGAGGUUUCCGAGGAUCCUGCUGUUGCAGAGGUCUUGGGGUCAUCGCCUUAG